UUUUUAUCUUUUAUAUAAACGUAUUUUUGUGGUACUGCGAAUUAGUAUUCGUAAGUCCAAGCUGAAACAAAAACAAAAAAAGAAGAAAAUGAGAAUGAAGGUGGAGACAGACAGCAUCUUAGUGCCGUUGAGUUUGUUCAUAGCAGUGGGAUACCAUAUCUUCCUCUGGAACACCUUCAAACACAAUCCUUCUCGUACUUCUCUUGGUAUCGAUUCCUCUAAACGCAAAUCUUGGUUCCGUGACAUCAAAGAGGGUGACGAUAAGACUGGGAUGUUGGCGGUACAAAGCUUGAGAAACAAGAAAAUGGUCACAAUUCUCACCGCUACAAUCUCCAUCCUUACCUUCCUUUCCCUAGCUGCGGUUACUAACAACGCUUUUAAAGCGAGGAACCUCUUCACAACAGCGAACAACAUCGUUUCAGGCUCACAAAACCCUACAAUCUUCGUCCUCAAGUAUGCCACUGCCUCGCUGCUUCUUGCUAUAAGCUUCUUCUUCAGCUCGGUUGCCGUGAGUUACUUGAUGGACGCUAAUUUCCUCAUCAACGCGAUUGCUAAGAAACAUGAAGGAGACUGCGGCUGCGGUUAUGAAUUGACGGGAACGCAAUCGUUUAGAGAGUAUACGAGAUUGGUGCUGGAGAGAGGGGCUUUUAUGGCUAUGGUUGGGAAUAGAGUUAUGUGCGUUUCUGUACCGCUUUUGCUUUGGAUGUUUGGACCAUUACCGGUGUUUGCGUCUUCACUAGGGCUUGUUUGGGUGUUGUAUCAGUUUGAUUUUCCGUCGGUCGCCAAAAUUUCUGUUUGUAAAUGAUAAGAGAGAUAGAUUGAAAUAAAACAAAAUGGUAGAUUAUUGUUUAAUCGUGUUUCCUUGAGUCAUAAUGAAUCCCCAUCCAAAGAAUUCGUC